GUUAAAUGGUUAUAAUCUCCAAAACAUAAACAAUCAUUGACAAUAAAUUAUCGGGAUUCUCAGUAUAUGUUACAUGGUAGAUAAAUGAGGGUUAUAAUAAUUAUUCAUUUACCGAUAAUUUUCAUAUUCUUUUGACAUUUUUAUCGUUAAUUUGUUCGUUUUAUUUAUUUAUUUAUUUUUUUUAGCCUUACGGUAAUGAAGAACGAACUAUUUAUUAUUGACCAAUCAGCUUAGCCAAAUGUGUUUGUCUAUCUAUCUCACAAUAAUCUAGUUAAAUUAGAUAAAAUUAAUUACUAUGUGGAUUAUGAAAAAGAUUUAGAUUAAUAAAAAUUAUACUGAUAAAUUAUAAAUAAAAUCUAUACAAGUAUGUAAGGAACAAAUUUUUAUCAAUAUAAUUUUACUGUAAAAUGAAAUAACAAUGAUACUUCAUUUACAUGUGUUCAUAUCGUAUUGUUAUAAUAUAAUGAAUUACAUUACGAUUAUUUCUAAUGGUUCGCUGCGUAAUUAAUACAUUAAUAUGCAGAUACUUUGGGGGAAACAUUAAAUUACAGAACAAAAAGUAUAUACUGUCUAAAAAGUGGAACGACGUGUAAAGUUAUUAAUAUGUGUACAUCCAAAUAAGAAUGUAUUAUAAUACACUGAAGCAAUGUCUUGGACUACUAUUAAUUUUUUUGCACGAAGACAUUUAAUUAUGAUUUGAUGGAUAUGAAAAAAUCGAUUUCUACACAAAUGGAAAAUUACUUUGAUAAAUAUGAUGAAACUAAUGUGGUUGAAUCGCCAUGUCAAGAAUUAAAACAAACAAAUAUAAUAAAUGAAGUAAAUGAUUUAACAAAUAUUAAAUGUAUACAUUCAAGUUUACAAGAUGAAUUAAAUUUAUCAUUUUUCAUUCAAAAUCAAUCUUUAAAAAUAAAUCAUAAAAAUAAUAAAGCGCCUAAAUUAGAUUAUAAUAACCGAGUGAAAAAUAAACAUUUAAAUCAAUGUUCUAAUAAUGAAAUGAAUAUAAUUUCAAAUGAAUUUUCUUCUAUAUCACUAUCACCUUUACCAAAUGAAUAUAAUCCACCUUUAUUAACACAAAUUAAACGUCAAUUUAGACAAUUUUGUGAAACAACUUCACUACGUGGUGUCCCAAGAAUUGUUAGUACUAAAGAUUCAAAACGUCGAUUUUUAUGGCUUAUCUUUGUUAUUUCGUUUUUUAUUGGUUGUAUCACAUGUUUAACAUUUAUUAUUAGUCAAUAUUUAGAAUUCGAUGUAAUUCAUCAACCAAAAAAACUUUAUGAUCAACCACGUCCAUUUCCAUCUGUAACAUUAUGUAAUUUACGUCCAUUUUCUACACGUGAUAUAAGAAAAUUAAAAAAAGCUGGAGUAUUACCAGUAGAUAUGUAUUUUGAAAUGUUAAAACGUUUUAUGAUCAGUGUACCAAUGGAAUAUCGACGUUAUUUAACUAUGCUAUGGGAUUUUUCUACCUAUUUAGCUAAUCUACCAGAUUUAGUUGAUGCAAAUAAUUUAGGUCAUACAUUAGAAGAUAUAGUGAAACGUUGUUUUAUUUUAUACAAAACUGGUAGUGUAACAAGAGGUACAGCCUGUGAAAAAUCAGGUUAUUGGACUAAAACACAAGAUCGUGUAUUUCAUAACUGUUAUACGUAUACAAUUAAUCCGAAUAAAACAAAUACAGCAUUAAACAUGGAACUUGUAGUUUAUUUGGAUAAUUUAAUUGAACAAACUGAUUGCUUCGAUUGUCAAGAAAGAGUCAUGGCAAGUCAGUUAACUGGUGCAAGACUGCUCUUACAUCCUGGUGCUUCUUAUCCUCGUGUAGCUGAAGAAGGUGUAAAUUUAAUGCCAGGAACUAUGACUGAUAUAAGAUUUACAGUAUAUGAAUGGUCUAUGAUGGAACCACCUCAUGGCAGAUGCAGUAAAAAUACACCACAGUUUAUAUCAUUUAAUAAUGUUAACUAUACUUUUAGCGAAGAAGCAUGUCAUGCACAUAUGGUGCAAGAAAAAGUCGCUUCAAAUUGUCAAUGUUUAACACAACAUUUACCAAUUCCAACACAUUUACUUGGAAAAGAUUUAAGAAAAUGUCAAGCAUUCAAACUUCCAGCAACUUAUCAAAUGUUAGAUAAUUUUAACGAAUCCAAACAGUUAUAUUUUAAUGAUGAAGCAGUUUCUACUUAUGCUCGAUUUGCAGAAUGUGCAGAAAAAACUGGAACAGCUAUGGAUAGUUAUCAAAUAGGCUGUAGACCAGCAUGUAUUCGAUACACAUACAAACCGAGUAUAACAGCUGCUCAAUGGCCGACCAAAACAUUUCUAACAUGGUUUGUUACAAAAUUUAUAAAAGAAAUGGAAGCAUCCGGUUAUUCACGUUUAAAAUCAACAAAUAAUGAAACAUUAACUAUAUUUAAUGAACGUAUGGAAGAAAUUCGUACACCAUUACAACCUUAUGAAAUAAUUUCUAAUUUAACUAAACAAGGUCAUUUACAAGAAGCUAUUAAAAUGCUUAUGAAUACACAAAUAUUUGAACAAAAUUUUUUAUCUAUUAUAAUAUCACGACCAAAUUUUGAUUUAGAACGUGUUGAAGAAAAAGCUGUUGUAUCAUUAACUUCAUUAUUUAGUCAAAUUGGUGGUUUAUUAAGUAUAUGGAUUGGAUUAACAUUUGUAUGUAUUGUUGAAUUAGUUGAAUUAGGUUUAAAUGUAGCUGAUGCAGUAAUUCAUUAUAAAAAAUUAAAAUCAUAAACUUAUUCUUCUUAUUAUUAUUCAAUGCAUUUCAAUCAUUAAAUUUGAUCAUUUCAGUGUUCAAUUUAUAAGAAUAUAAACAAA